UUCACGCAGUCCGUUUGUUACAUUGGAGAGCGAGUGAGGGGAGCAAAUGUACAAGGCAGGGAGAGGGAGGAGUGCGCAAAUAUUCACAGCAGCACCAGCGGCGGCAGCAGCGUCAAUGCAUCUGUGAGUCUUCGAAUCCGCUGUCUUCAGCUGCCAAUACUCUGUACGUUUCAGAUUGAGAUUUCACAGCACGAGGUCUUGAGGAGCCCUCGCUAUCAACCAAUACACUUUCCGGAGCUCAGCGUUUAUUCUUAGUUCGGCUAUAAGAGACUAUUCUCACGGCCCCAUUCCAUUUAUCCCAGUUUCUUGAAUAUUUAAUGGAAAAUGGCGAUCUGCGCUCAGUCCUACGGUAUCUUCUGUCUGUUCUCAAUCCAAACUAUCCUCAUCAUUAGCGUCUCUUCGCCGGCAACCGGGAGCCUCCGCUUUCCCCAACACUACACAAUGAUGCAUUGGGCAGGCCGCAUUGAGAAGGAGCUGGAGAAGACUCUGCAACUGGUCACUGGAACCCAGCAGAUGAAAGGGAUUUACAAUGAGAAGAAGAGCCAGUUUGAUAUCAAGAGGAACAAUCCCAAGGACCUAGUGGAGAGGGUGGCACGAGACAUCGCCAAGCUGCUCACUAGCAAAAGGAGAGCCCUGGAGAGGCUGGCCAGAGAGGCGGAGCAGCUGCAGACAAUGUAUCCCUGGCUGGAUGGGAUCAAGGAGAGCGACAUGGAGUACUAUGAUUCGAAAGCGGAAUCAGACUAUACGGAGGAUGAAGAUGGGGAAGAGAACCUGAUGGAGAACCCCUACUCCAUGAAGCUGGAGUUUGUGGACGAUCCCAACUUUAAAAACAAAGUAAACUACUCUUACAGUGCCGUCCAGAUCCCUACAGACAUCUACAAGGGCUCCCCAGUCAUCCUGAAUGAGUUGAACUGGACUCAGGCUCUGGAGAGGGUGUUUAUUGAUAACCGCCGGGAGGACAGCUCUCUGCGCUGGCAGGUGUUCGGCAGCGCCACAGGGGUCACAAGAUACUACCCAGCCACUCCAUGGAGAGCACCCAAUAAGAUUGACCUGUAUGAUGUACGCAGACGACCAUGGUACAUUCAAGGGGCAUCAUCUCCCAAGGACAUGAUCAUCAUUGUGGAUGUGAGUGGCAGUGUCAGUGGACUCACUCUGAAGCUGAUGAAGACCUCUGUGAUACAGAUGCUAGACACUCUGUCAGAUGAUGACUAUGUGAAUGUAGCUAGGUUUAACGAGAAGGCCGAAGCCGUGGUCCCCUGCUUUAAAACCUUGGUCCAGGCCACCAUGAGAAACAAGAAGAUCUUCAAGGAGUCCAUCAUGCACAUGCAAGCCAAAGGAACCACUGACUACAAGUCUGGCUUCCAGUUCGCCUUCGAACAGCUACUCAAUGAUACCGGCGCCCCGAGGGCGGGCUGCAAUAAGAUGAUAAUGAUGUUUACAGAUGGAGGGGAGGACCGUGCACAGGACAUCUUUGAGAAGUACAACUGGCCUAACAAAACCAUUCGAGUAUUUACCUUUUCCGUCGGGCAGCACAACUAUGAUGUCACACCUUUGCAGUGGAUAGCUUGUGCCAAUAAAGGAUUCUACUACGAGAUUCCAUCCAUUGGCGCCAUCAGAAUUAACACACAGGAGUACCUGGAUGUGCUGGGUCGGCCCAUGGUGCUGGCAGGGCCCAAGGCCAAGCUGGUCCAAUGGACUAACGUCUAUCAGGAUGCUCUGGGUCUGGGUCUUGUCAUCACUGGGACCAUGCCAGUCUUCAACCUCACCGCUGAUGCAAACUCUCAGACUCAGCUCGUCCUUGGUGUCAUGGGAGUGGAUGUUGCGAUCAACGAAAUUAAGAAGAAGACACCAACAUACAGGCUUGGAGCCAAUGGAUACACUUAUGCAAUCGACCAAAAUGGCUAUUUGCUCCUGCACCCCAACUUGCAACCUAAGAUCAGUAACUUCAGAGAGCCUGUCACUCUGGACUUCCUGGAUGCUGAGCUGGAGGACAGUAAAAAGGAGGAGAUCCGUCGUGAAAUGAUUGAUGGAAAAUCAGGGCAGAAGAAAAUCAAGACACUCAUUAAGUCAGUUGAUGAGAGGUACAUUGAUGAGGCUAUGCGGACAUACACCUGGACACCGGUGGAAGGCACAGAUUACAGUCUCGGGCUGGUACUGCCUACAUACAGUGAGAACCACAUCAAGGCUAACCUGAGUGACCAGAUCCUGCAGGUGCAGUAUAAUCUUCCCCUUUCUGUUGCAGAUUUUGAAUCUCUGCUGCCAAACAGUUUUGAGUCUGAAGGACAUGUAUUCAUAGCUCCCAGGGAAUACUGCAGUGAGCUGGAGCUCUCCAACAACAACACUGACUUCCUGCUCAACUUCAUCGCUCUCAUGGAGAAGGUGACUCCUGACUCCAAACAAUGUGACAACCUGCUCCUUCAUAACCUCAUCCUGGACACUGGCAUCAUCAGACAGCUGGUGGAGAAGGUGUGGAAGACCAAAGACCUCACCACAUAUGGCUUUUUGGCAGUGUUCGCUGCAACAGAUGGAGGGAUUACAAGAGUGUUUCCCAACAAGGCUGCUGAGACCUGGGAGGAGGACCCUGAGCCUUUUAACGCCAGCUAUUACCGCCGCAGUCUGGACAACAAGGGCUACAUCUUCAGAGCGCCUUAUCGUACCUUGAAUGAUGAGCUGCUGAACCCAGAGAACGACACCAUAGGGAUCCUGGUCAGCACUGCAGUGGAGAUCACAGUGGGAGGGAAGACAAUCAAACCUGCAGUGGUUGGAGUAAAGCUGGAUCUUGAGGCCUGGGUGGACAAAUUCAAGAUCCUGGCUAGCAACCAAACAAGUCCAACAAGUGACAACCGCCAAGUCCAACAAACGUGUGGACCAACCAGUGGCUGUGAGAUGGACUGUGAUGCCAACAGCGAAGACCUUCUGUGUUACCUGGUGGAUGACGGUGGUUUCCUGAUCAUGUCCAAUCAGAAGGACUACUGGAACAAGAUUGGCAUGUUCUUCAGUGAGGUGGACCCUUACCUGAUGCAUGCUCUCUACAACAACUCCUUUUACAACCGGAAGCAGUCCUUUGACUACCAGUCUGUGUGUGACCCUGUGCCAAGCAGCAACACCGGGGCUGCACCUAGAGGAGUGUUUGUGCCCACCAUUGCAGACUUUGUGAACCUGGCCUGGUGGACAUCAGCAGCUGCCUGGUCCUUAUUUCAGCAGCUGCUCUGUGGAAUGGCUUACCACAGUUGGUUUAUCACAGAUGAGGUGGAGGCUGAGGGGAUGGACUCCAGAGAGACCAGCUGUGUGACGAUACAGACUCAGUUCUACUUCACUAACAUCAGCAGCUCCUAUGACAUCCUGCAGGACUGUGGCAACUGCUCCAGGCUGAUCCAUGCCAAGAGGUUAAACAACACCAACUUGCUGUUUGUGGUAGCAGAGAAGAUGCCCUGCAACACCUGCGAGGUGGAGAAACUGUCCCAGGCGGAGACAGAGUUCAAGGAGGAUAACCCAUCAUGUGAGGAUAUGAGUGCAGCGCGGUAUCGAAGAGGGCCCACUGUGUGCUACGACUACAAUCUCGCUGAGAACACAUCAGACUGUGGGCGGGGCCACUCCUUCCGCCCCUCCCUUCAGACCCUGGUCAUGAUUCAGCUCGUCCUGCUCUAUCCAAUCGCCAGCCCCCAUAUUCUACCCCUCCUACUUUAAUUUUCCUCCUGUCUGCUCCCACCAGCUUUGUCCAUCCUAAAGCCCCCGCCCUCUCCCCUCUAUGCCCCGCCCCUUCUCUAGUCAUAGGUAAUAAUGGGACUUCCUGUCACUGCAACUCGGAAGCCCUGAGUACCGCACUACUGUACCCAGCUAGCUUCUGUUGUUGUUUCUUAGUGACGGUUGCAGGACCUUUAUGUUCUCAGCGAGUUACCUACCUUCAUCCAUGUGAAGAGAUUUAGGUGGUGUUCCAACAACUACAAUCAUCAGAGGCUGUCAGAAAAGAAAAAAGACCCCACCCACAUCAACAGGACAAGUUACAAGUGAAAAGUUAAAGACAAGUUGGAUGCCAUGUCACAGAGCUCCAGCCGUCAUGGAUACAGCAGAGUUUAGGUUGUCUGUUUCUGUCUCUGUUAGUCAGACGGGAUGAGGAGACAUUGCCUCCAUCGCUCUCAUUCAUCUCUGAUCUGCUCAGAAUCUCACCACUCUGUCAUGUGCCUCUAAUAGGGGGCUACUGUGCAUACCAUUCAGCCAUUUAUAGUUACUGUAACAAGAAAAUUAAGGAAAAAAAGAACUUUCAAGUAUACAAAAACAUACAAUUAUAAACUGUUGAAGUGAUGAGUAUUCAAACCAUAUAUUAGAGUAUCAUUUGCAAUGGAAGUUGUUAGGUGUUACAUUAAUUUAUUUAUGCACUAUAUCUACUUCUUGCCAAAAUGAGAUAGACUUUUCAUGUGGUCUUAUUUGUAUAGCCAAAUUAGUGAGUCGAAAAAGAAAACCCCAGAAACGGAAGCUACAGAAAAAGUGUUAGGAAUUACUGAGUUUUUAACUGACAGCGGCUGAAUACCGAUUCUUCUUGUGCACAUCUACUGUUCUUCACUUGAAGUUAGAACUUUUUCUGCCCCAGGAAGCACGGUACUGUGUAUAUAUAAUCAUUGUAACAAAUGGUAAUAUGGAACUACUCUAUCAAGUAGUAGUCUUACAAGGAAUAACAUCUGACAUCUUUGAUCAUCAUAGUUGACUAAUGUUAGGUAAUGAAUUGGUAAGUAUGUGUCCGAAUCAGACAGAGUGAAUUAUAACUUUUCCCUUGCAAAAAACAAGAAAUACUAGGCUACUACUGUUUAUUAGGGAUCUGUAUUUAGCCUCUGAAAAUUCAGACCUUUUGGGCUUCAUUGCUGUAGGUGGUGUAUAAUACAGUACUAUCCUUUCUGAUCAAUGGACAUUCUGACCUCUGCUACAGAUGGAUGACGCAGGACCCCAGUGAAAGCUAACCCCUCUACCAAUCCUCAUACAGCCGCUCCACCAGGUCCGCUAAUAUUCCUAGGACUGUAUUUGUAUGCGCUUAUAAUCUGUUGCCACCACAGCAGAUAAACAAAUAUCUAUUCCGACCGGCCCAUAAGCAUCUCAUUUUAGAUGCAGGUGGGUUUUGGCAGACCUUAGCUUGUAUUACCUUUGACAGAUGCUGUAUAACUUCAGACCAUUUGCUGCUGGGAGAUUGGGGCUUAACACUUCCCACAUAAAGAAAUGCAGCAAAGGUCACUACUGCUUAUGGUGACAACUGAGCUGCAGUCUGGGUGUGUAAUCCGUUACGUGUCAUUGUGAUCAAUUUGAAGUGAAACGUCAUUAGACUCCCAUGUUUAGGAGCCACGCUCUGUUGUCAUUGUGCCUUGGUGCACUUCGUUUUGGAAAGCAUUGGCUAUAGAGCUACUGUACAGUAUCUUUAUAGAACAGCCACCCUAAUGGCUAUGGAGCUACAAGAUCUUUAUAGAGUCAGUCUAUUGGCUAUAUAUCUACGGUAGCUUUAUACACCAUAUUGACUAAGAGGAUAUUGUAGCUUAAUGUAGACAUCAAAUUGGCUGUGGCUAUUAGCUGCUGUACCAUACCAGGGCUACCUGACUGCCACCAUAUAGAGUUGCUGUACAGUACCUUUACAUGGCGAUCUAUAGAGCUACACUAUCAGUAUAAAGUGAAUUAACUGGCCAUAGCGCUACCUGACUGCUAUCGUUGCAUUUCUGCCUGAACCAUAUGUGCGUUUGUGUUUGUGUAUGGGUGUAUGUUUGUUUGUGUUAACCCUCAAAGGGAAUGUAUUUAAAACUGGGUUGAGAGGAUGAGGAAUGACAGUUGUGGUAGUGUAGCUGUUUGUUGUUCCAAUUCCAAUGGAUGAAGUGUUAUAUCAGAUUUAGUAAUGGAGAUAAAAAUGAGCUAAUCCAUUUUUUUUUCUGACCGGUUUGCUCAAUAUGUUGUCAUGAGGGGGCUGCAUACUGUAUGUGGCCCCUGCAUUCACAGAGGUGUUCAAAAGAAUGUUUAAUAUGUCAGUGUGUUUCUGUUUCUAAGGCAACAUAGUGACGAAGCCUCUCUUAAUGCCUUAGUGUUCUAUCAAGCGCUAAUUCAGUGUUCUCUCUCUUACACACACACACAACAUACACACACAAUGAGCCUCCCAAAUAUUUACUUUUCUCCGAAGACUUUCCCAACCCAGAAUGUUGAGCUCUGAAUUUGAAGGGGUUUAGAUUUUGAUAUGUCCGUUCGUCUAUAUAAAAUGAUGUGAGUUUCUUGUACACAUGCCGCCCUUUGAUUCCUGCUUGGAGUGGAGGACUUUCAUAGUUUAUAUCUAAGUCUGAAUUUGUGUUGACUCUGAAAUCCCUCCACUCCUCCUCGCUGUCUCAGUUUGUUAACGUGAACACAUCAUAAUCUAAACCCCAAAACCUCCUUUACUGUGUAACCAUGAAUACACACAUAAUGUACAGUGAACAAUAUCAUUUUUGCCAAGACAAAAUGUUAGGUAACUGCAUCAUUAUCUCAAUGAAAGACUGGGCCAAAAUGAAAUUCUGAAUCUGCAAUUGGCUCCUUUCAAUGUAUGGGUCCACCAUUUUAGAAAUGACUCUUGUAGUUCUAUUGUAUUCUAUCACAGCAAUUGUUUGUCCCUCUGUAGAUCGCUACAUUCACAUGUAACACUAACAGUUAUACCUACACAUGCACAGAUGGGGGGAUGUUCAGCUCUAGACUGAAGUAAGCCAAGGAUGUCUAUUCCCCUGUGUGGGAUGUCAGAGGCUAGCUCAGGGAGUGGGUCUCCACAGAUCAGCAUGGGACUGUGUCAAACAGAAAGUCAAAGAAUCAUGGGUAUGUCUGUGUGUCCCAGAAGUGGACCCAAGAGUGUGCUGAGGGACACAGGUCUGUUUUCUGUGGUUUGCGAAAUUUACUUUUUGCCCCCCCCAAAAAAAAUAGGAAUAGCUUGGGGUGAGAGGAAGGGGUCUGCUUUAUGGCCAUCCCCAAAGGGAGGGUCUUUAUGUGGCUCCUCCCCUGCCCCGCCCUACCCUUGCCGUGUCCGUGUAGGUGCGUCUCUGUGGGAAAGACACGUGUAUGUGAUUCUGUAGUCUGUAGUCUGGUGCUAUGUGACCAUGUUUGCCAAAUGUGUUUAAAAAUAAUAAUAAGUAACAAAAAAAUAGUAAAAUCUGUCAAAUUUUAAGUGAAGUAAAAAAUAGGAAUAAAGUAAAGAUAAGUUUGAGAUCUGAAAUCAACAGUAUUCUUUUUUUUUUUUUUUUACUUUUUUGUGGGUGUGUGAGUGUAUGUAUGUGCGCGGAAGAUUUAGCUCCCUCUCUCUGGGCAUUGGUCCAUGUCGCUCCAUUCUUUUGUACUGAUCAAGCUAAAAAAGAAGAGGGCAAGAUUUGUAAAAUAUUGUGUCUGUGACUCCUUGUAAAAUAUUUUCAAAUUGUUUAUUACAGAGAAUCAGUUAUUAAAUAAUGUUCAUAUUUUUCACUUCA